UUUCCGCCCGCGCGAUUGAGCUUCAAAAUGCAAACAAAAAAAUGACGCAAAUAAACUCACUUACUUCAGUCAUAUGAAUGUGGAACUUAUUCCAGCGAUUGAUCAAACCAUACCCUUGCUGCCAUCUGGCAAACAUUCAACCAAACCCUUCGAGGCGCGCGAUUGGCCCUUGAAAUACAAACAUUGGCUGAUACAAACAAAAAAAAAUCCGCUCCCUGACAUUUCUGGAAGAGCCUUUGAAAGAAAAAUGAUUCGAACUGAACGAAAAAUCAUCCUCGAAAAGGAGCAAGAAAACUCCUUUGCUGCAUACGCCACAAUGGAGUAUCUGCUCGACAAACUAAAACUGCUCAACUACGAAACGGAAUUUCUCACUCAAAUCAAACUCAAGCCAAUUCACAGAUAUUACUUUGUUGUCACAAAGAAUAGUGGUGAGCAAUUUUACUUGUUCUCUAUACUAGCCGCCUGGCUGAUACGCAAAAUUGGAAAACCGUUCCAAACACCUGAAGAAUAUGACGAUCCCAAUAGUACAAUUGAACACAUUCUGGCUGAAGUUAAGGAACUGGGGAUGCAGGUGGAUUUUCCUCCGAAUAAGCUAAAGCAGGGAGUUGGGGAACACGUCGUUAAUUUAUUGGACUUUUUAGCGAACACGGCCAUUCACAAGCAAAAUAUUCUGUUACAGAAACCGAAGCCUCCAGAGGAAAAGGAGCAGGAAACUGAAACUAUCGACGAUGAGGCUGAGUUGAAUUUGGAUCGAGUUGAGGAAGAAAUGGUGGCAGCAUAUUCGGAUGAUUCGGAUGAGGACAACAUCUUGCGCAUAGACAACAUUAGGCCGGUAAAGCGAGAGCUGGAAAUUGACUUGAAACACAACAUUGAUGAGGAGUCUUGGCAGCUGGAAGUCGAGCGGGUUUUGCCUCUACUGAAAGUGACGAUUAAAAACGAAAAUCGAGACUGGAGGUCGCAUUUGGAACACAUGAAAACUUACAAAAGCAAUAUUGAUGAAUCCUUGAACCCAACAAAAAGCCAGCUGGAGAAGCUGCAUAAGGAAAUCACGUCAACUUUGGAAAAAAUCGGCAAUAGAGAAAAAUACCUCAACAGGGAGUUGGACACUGUCCUCGACAAUUACAGGUCGCUGCAAGACCAGCUAUCCAAAAUCAAAGAAAAGUACCGAAGCAUCAGCACCGGAGUGGCAGAAAGGAACAGAGAACUGAGUAACGUUAACAGUAGAGUUGAGUCUAUCAAGCAGCAAAUGGAAGAGCGCGGUAGCUCAAUGACUGAUGGAACUCCCUUAGUGAACAUCAAGAAGUCGAUUGCCAAAAUUAAAUCAGAAAUUGCCGACAUGGACGUAAGAAUCGGCGUUCUAGAAUGUCUGUUGCACCAGAUCAAGAUUAGGGAGGAGAAACAGAUGGAAACUGCCUUUGAUCAUCCAAUAUCUGUGCAUUAAGGUUUUUUGUUAUUUUACUUUUCAUUAAGUAGCUAGUUUAUUUCUUCGCCAAUAAAAUUCCCUUUUUGGA